ACACAAAGUUACACAUCCAGGUCCGACCGGGACUUGAAACCAGGCUCCGGGUCCAAAGAGGAUUAGUAAUACCACUUAAAAAACACAUUCUGUUCUUUUGCAGCCACACAAGAACAGCGGCUAUAUCUUGUAGGAGGAGCUUGCGGCGUGUUUCCGUUAAGAGCAGGCCGAGGGGUAACACGGUGAUCUAUGCAGCCCUGCUGAGAAUUACCGAAUAGUGGCGGAACAGGAGCCAGCAACUGGGAACACUCACAGCACAAAGUGUUGAAUCAUCGGCUGGCUGCUGUCCUUCACACCGAGGGGACACGAAGAAGAGGAAGGAGUGGCAGCCGGACUGUCUGCAAUGGAAGCCGAGUUUCGGGAAAUCGAUGAAAACGGCAGUUGGACCGCCAUCUAUCAGGACAUUCGCCAGCAGUCAUGUGAACUCCCAUGUAAGGUCGCCAAAUUACCUGAAAACAAGACUAGGAACCGUUACAGAGAUGUCAGCCCAUUUGAUCACAGCAGAAUACAUCUGCAGCUGGGUACGAAUGACUACAUUAACGCCAGCUUAUUAACAGUCGAGGAGGCGCAGAGGAACUACAUCCUCACUCAGGGACCCCUUCCAAAUACAUGUGGCCACUUCUGGGAGAUGGUGUGGGAGCAGAGGACACGUGGUGUGGUGAUGCUAAACAGGGUCAUCGAGAAAGGCUCGAUUAAAUGUGCUCAGUACUGGCCACACAGAGAGGAGAAAGAUGCCAUCUUUGAAGACACCAGUUUCAAGCUUACCCUUGUGUCGGAGGACAUCAAAUCUUACUACACAGUCCGUCAACUGGAGUUGGAAAAUCUGUCUACACAAGAGACUCGUGAGAUUUUACAUUUUCACUACACCACCUGGCCUGACUUUGGUGUCCCAGAGUCUCCUGCCUCCUUCCUUAACUUCCUGUUCAAGGUGCGAGAGUCGGGUUGUCUCAGUUCAGACGUGGGGCCGGUGGUUGUGCACUGCAGUGCUGGCAUCGGGCGCUCUGGGACCUUCUGUCUUGUGGACACCUGCCUGUUACUGAUGUCCAUUCGUAAGGACCCUUCUUCAGUGCGUAUUCGUGAUGUGCUGCUGGAGAUGAGACGCUACCGUAUGGGCUUGAUUCAGACAGCAGAUCAGCUUCGCUUUUCCUACCUUGCUGUUAUUGAAGGUGCCAAGUACAUCAGGGGAGACACAUCUCUGCAGGAGUCAUGGAAAGAGCUCUCAAACGAGGAGGAUGAUCCUCCAGAGUUCACCCCUCCUCCUCCCCUUCCCCCUCCCAGAGAUCCUCAUAAUGGCAAAGUCGAGUCCUCCUUUUUUCCUGAAAGUGAUGCGGUCAUCCAGCAGAUGAUCUACAGUCAGGGAUCCUCACGAGAGCCCGAGCUGCGAAAGAGGAAUUUUCCUGCCCCUCAGCCUCCUCCUGACGGUGCUGAUCAACUUGAUGGCCACGUGGGAUUUGAAGAUCAUACCUCCACAGCUCCGGCUCCAUCCCUGGAGCAGCAGCAAGAGACGAAAGAACAGGAAUUUCCCGAGGCAACAGAGCAGCCGAUAGAAAGCUCUCCUGUGCCGGGGACUUGGUCCCCUCUUUUAGCCAAUGUGUGCCUGUGUACGGCACUGGCUCUCAGUGCUUAUGUCUGUUAUCGAGCCUUUUUUCACUGAUGUCUGUCCUCCUCCCUGCAUUUUGUUUGUCCCUCUAUUUUCUCUGCUGUUGCAAAGUGGAGUAGGCUGUCCACUAGUCCUGCUCUGACUGGGUUUACUCUGCGAGUGAAUUAUUUGAACUUCAGUGGAUUCAGGUUCACUCGUUUAAUUUUUACAAAUGCUGUGCAGAGGGUCAGCUGGUUGGAAAUGACAGGCUGCCAAUCCUUAUCUCACACCCUAAAGUUUUUUUUUCUCCAAUACGUUUUCUUGAACGCUCAGGGCUUCAGUUUUCAGGUGUCACAUCCAAAUGUGUGCCACGUUCAACACAGACUAAAUAUACAAUAUGUGCAUCAGUUUGUGGGGGAAGUUAAUUUUAGCUCCCUGUUCUGUAAAAUUGACAUCUUGUCAUCUUUUUAUUUACCAAAUCAUGUAUAUGUGUGUGUUCUUCCAUUCAUGCAAUCCUAAUGUGUCUUUUCAUCUUACGUUUGCUUAUACAUGGAUCAAAAAUCACAGAGCCAGAUUUUUGAACAGCCUGUCUGAAAAUAUGCCAGUAAGGGAGAGACUGUAUUUUUGUUCUCUUGAUGGGUAAAUGCUAAACCCUACAGUAAGUAUGUGAAAGUAAGAGGGAAGCAACCCUGUGCCCAUGAGAUAUAAAAAAAUGCAUGCUGGGGUUUGGCAUUGAAUUGUAGGGCUGCAGGAGGCAGUACCAAUGUGUGUUUGUGUAUGUACACUUGUGUGAGUGGUAGUUAACGGAGCUUUCUACUGAUGUUUGAGUUAUGUCUACUCGGUGAGGAAUAUUCAGCUUGUUAUAUCUACAGACAGAUGUGGAUGUGAUUACCUCCUGGUAGAGAGUAAAGCUUCCCUGAUAGCCUGACAGUGACAAAAAAAUGGUGCAAUCGCAGGACACCUGGAUGUUCUGUUGGAUGACUUUAACACCCAACUUUCCGGUCACAUUGGUUGACAACAUGUGAAGGCUUUUCACACACAGGGAAGUGAAUGUGUAACAUAACCUGAAUGCAGCUGACACGUGUUGUAGUGAAUGUGUGUUCAGUCAGCAGAGGCCACAGAUACACACAAGAUCGACACAUGGAGUAGCUGACACACAACUCUUUUUUUUUUUUUUUUUUUUUUUUCUUUCCUUUUCGCCAGCAAUACAAAUACUCAAUAGUGUCUCCCUUUAUCAGACUGUCCUGCCUGACCUGUCUGAACAGGGAACCAGGGAUUCUGAACAAACCAAAAAUUCAACACCAGCACGGGGAUUUCAACAGUAUGCUGUAGUGAUGAUCUGUUUUGUCAUAGUGUCGCCCUGAGCUGGCAAUAUUGUUUUGUAUGAUGUUGUUUGACUUUUUAGCAUGCUGCAUUUGUGAAUUGACAGGUUUGUCCUAAGAAGAGAUUAGUUAAGCUGCUAGCAUUCAGUUUACCUUUAUGACUCAACAAAGUACAGUACUUGAGUCCGACAGCUGUAUCUUUCUUUAGAAUGUAUAAACGUCCUGUCCGAGGACACUCUUAUUAGAUAUAUAAAUAUAUUUUUUUUCAAAUCAGGUUUCAGUGUGCUGAGUUUUUUUUCUGCUUUGGCAAGGUAUUAAUUCUCAGCACCUGUGCAGCCAUUGCACCAGGUUCUCCUGUUUUUUCUAUACUUAUGCUGAGCUCAAAACAUGUAUUUUUUUUAAUUUACAUUUGUUGUUUUCCUUUUUAAAUAAAAUAAAAGUCUUCUGUU